UCUCGCUCAGGAAUACUACCUGUAUAGUGCGUUUUUGUUUCUGAUAACAGUGCGAUCGGUUGUUUUGUUUUGAUCACCGCGUUCGUUGUGCUUACACGCGUUUAAAUCUCUCUUGGCGGCUUUGUUUUGGAUGGUCCAUCGAGAAGAGGCCCGGAAUAGAGAGACAAUCUGAACCUUGUGUGUUAGCCCACGUGGUAGAUAAGUUCCACCGUCACCAUGCCGGAGAUCGAAGUACUACAACCUUCAUCACCCAAAUUGCAACCCGCACCGGUAGCAGUGGUACCAGUUGUCAAAAUGGUCAACAGCACCGGCAGCAGCACCAGCAGCGCUACCAACAACAAUAACAAUAACAUAGCCGUAGAUCGUAAGCCGGCAGCGGAAGUAGUGUCGAGAAAACCACCGGCGCUGUUUGCCGAUGAUGAGAAGAAAUCCAGCAAAAUCCAAGAACUGCGGACUCUAAUCGAAAAUUGUGACGAUUUCGUACGCCGGAGCGAUGAUCUGUUUCUAACUCGAUUUUUGUACUGCUGUGACUGGAACGUCGAACAAGCGUACCAACGAAUGUUCAAGCUGUUCAAACUCAAGUACGAUCAUCCAGAUUGGUUCAUCGAUAAGCAGCUCGGUCAGUAUAAGGAUUUGCUGAAUCGAAAUGUCAAAUUUGUCCUUGACAAGCGGGACAAAAAUGGUCGACGGAUAUUCGUUAGCAAGAUGGGUAAUAUGGACAUCAACACCAUCUCGGCUACUGACCUUGCCCAUCUGGACGAGCUGUGGUGCGAGUUUAUGCUGAACGACUUGGAAACUCAGGAAAAGGGUAUCUCCUGUCUAAUUGAUAUGAGUGGUUAUUCGAUUAAGAGUAUGCGGUACCUGACGCCCACGAACAUAAGAAUUGGAACGCAAAAGGCAGACCUCAUGCCGGUGAAACAUAUGGAGUUUCAUGUUGUGAAUUCGUCGGUAUUCUUGAAUGCAGCCGUCGCAAUUCUGUAUCCGAUGUUGAGCAAGCAGAUCAAGGAUUCGGUACAUUUUCACUACUCAAACUGGGACUCGCUGCACGAUCAUCUGGGAAAGGAAGCACUCCCAGCGGAAUACGGGGGAACUAAUGGAGAUAAGUUCGACUUUGAUCUGUUGUAUAAGCAGUUGUUGGACUUAGAACACCACUAUGACAAUUUGGUUCGAUUUGGAUAUGAACUAAAGCCGCAUGUAGAUCGGAGCAAGUAUGCAAAGUUCUUUCAAAGCGUGGAAAAAACGAAGAGCAGUAAGCGAAAGCACAAAAACAAGAAGGACGAAAAUGUAGAACAGUGACAGUUUAGUGUGAUUAAUUAGAUUGUUAAACUGUAAUACUAUUUUUGUGUGAUAAGUGAAAUCUAUAUUAUUUACAUAUUGAUUGGUUAAGUUAGUGGAGUUGCACUACAAAUCGAUAAUCCUGUGGAAAGGACAUCUAGGGAACGUGUGAGUUAAACGCUCUCGGUAAAGCAAGUG